AUUCGCGUUAAACUCCUAGCUUUGAACGACCUUGCCAACAGAGCUCUUACGUCUUGCUUCAACCCUACUGCCUCUUUGCCAGUUCUCUGCAACGAAUACUUCAGUAACGAACAUAUCCUGGAUACUCUAAAGAUCGGCCAUCCCUCGAAGCAAGGCGAUCAUAGGCUGUUCUUUAGAAGGUCCGCGAAAACUGGUUUGGCCAUAGGAGGCCAUUGGAUCUAGGAGUGGUGGAUUACCUUACAGGAACUUACAGUUGUUGUGGUCUUGGCAUUGAAGGCGGUGAGCGGGUUCUCUUGGGAGCGACCUCCGGAGAUGCCGACGCUAGUACCCUGGCAAGAUUUCCGACUCACCCGGCACCAAACCUGUUUGUGUGUCUCAUACAUUGCGCUUGACCAACCAAUCCUUCCUGUAGCUGCGUAUCUAGCCCUCAAGAUUGGCAGCUGCUGCAUCGAGGAAAGACGCGACUGGCAGCCCAACCGUUCGCAACCAACCGCGUUCCCGAAGUAAACACGGAAGGUGUCUGCUUCUGCCGCACUCUGAGUAUGCCAGACAAGACGCUCAAAGUUGUCACAUAUGCCGCCGGUGCCUCUCUCGCGGCAAUCACUUUGAUCUAUGUCUUCGGUCCGACAUACUUCCUCGACAGCGACACUUCCAGCUCUCUCGGUGGCGCAUUCUCGACCCGAAAGAAAGGCAUCGUGGGACUCGAGAACCCCGCAAACGAUUGCUUUAUCAACUCGGUACUCCAGGCUCUUGCCGGGCUUGGAGAUCUUCGGUUAUAUUUGAUACGCGAGGUACAUCGCCGUUCUCUCGACGACGGAUCGAUAUACUCGCAACUCGUCCCACCGGCGGCAUUGGCGGGAGAGGAAGGCGAGGCGGCCCCGGUUCGGUUCGGCAAAGACAUACCAGCCUGGAAAUUGGAGGGAUUGCAAAGAGGUAGUGUCACCAAGGGCUUGAAGGAGAUUCUGGACGCUUUAAAUGAGCGCCCUAUCUACAAAAAAACCAUUUCCGCGGCACCGUUCGUCAGGACGCUGGAAGAAGCUUUCAGGCAACGGGUCAGCCGGCAGCAGCAGGAUGCCCAAGAGUUCCUCCAGGUGGUGGCGGAGAGGCUGUGCGACGAGUACCAUGCGGGCCGCAGGGCCCGGUUGUUUGCCACUCGCACAGCGACCGUGGAUGACUGCUGGCCCUCGAGAACGAGCAACCACGGCGGUGCGACGGGCUCAGCUUCGCCCAUCGCGGCUAGCCAACAUGUAGCACCAGAUCUGGCUCGUGAGGGAGCUGUCGGCAGUGUCGAAGACGUGAGGGGCUUUGAAAAGGAGCGACGCGGGGAAGAUGAGGAGGGGUUCCCUCUGCAGGGCCGGGUUGAGUCACAAAUCGAGUGCUUGACUUGCGGCUUCACCCCUCGACCCACGGCAUCCACCUUCUGCACCUUGACGCUCCAUGUGCCCCAAGUCCCCGCGACCACCCUAGGCGCAUGCUUCGACGGCAUGUUCAAGACAGAGUACAUCGACGACUUCAAAUGUGAAAAGUGUCGCCUCUUGCAUGCUCUGGCCCUCUUCGAGUCCGACGAGCAGCGGUCAGCAUCCGAAGCCGUGAGGAGGAAAGCUCGCGCUGCCGUGGAGAGCCUUCGGGCUGCCAUUGAGACGGAUCCAGAGAACCCCCCCGAGGGCGUCACGCUCCCCGACCUGCGAUACGCGCCCCGGCGCCGAAUAGCGCGUCAUUUUCGGAUUACCGAGUUUCCCAGGAUCCUGGCUAUCCAUCUGUCCAGGUCCAUAUUCGAUGUCGGCCGCUCGUCGCAAAAGAACUCGGCCAAGGUGGCAUUUCCAGAGGAAUUGCGCCUCGGGGGCUUACUCCAGCAGCGGAAGUACAAGCUGCUGGGCCUCGUGACACACAAGGGAAGCCACCAUAGUGGGCACUACGAAUCCUUCCGGCGUCAGACCGUGUACCCGCCUUUCUCCAACCCAAGCACAUUCCAGGUCUCCGGGGUGUACAGCAGAACGGCCAGUCCCGCCCCGGGCCCUCGCGGGGCUACUGCAGAAGCUGCAGCCCAAGCUCUCGUACAAGACCCUCCAAGCCGCGAUAUCGAGGCCAUCCAGACCGGUCCUUCCCCUUGUCUGGCAUCAACUCCUGCGAGAAGCGCCCCAGACUCACCACCCGCCGGUUCGGCCCACGGGGAGCACUCAGCAGACUCAAGGUGUCCCACACCAGCUGCUGGGACUCGCACUCAGCCCACCGGUACGGUCACUCGGGGGUCGACCGAGGUAUCCCCGCAUUCGAGCUCCGUCGAGACUGCGUACUCGCCCUCGCUCGUUGAAGCAGCCGAGCCCAUGCCAGCCACCGCGCGGCUUGAGGUGGCUGCAAAGCGCAAGCAGCCGAAGCAGCAAGCCCGUUGGUGGCGGAUCAGCGACGAUAAGGUCAAGGAAGCGAGCACUCGUGAAGUGCUGGGAAUGCAGCGGGAAGUGUAUUUGUUGUUUUAUGAGCUGGAACGGCCGCGAAUGCCGUGAUAGAUAGCCAGUCAUGCGAGUAGACGAGGGCCCGCUUGGAAUGGUUGUGCAAAGAGCUCGGUGGUGUACAAAUACAAACCCCUCUAGACAUACAUAGUCGACGAAACAGGGCAACAAUUGUCUAUUCGCGCCUUGCAAUGGCGUGCGCUCGCCCGAGUAGUGGUGACCUGCCGUAGCUAUCAGAAACGCGGUGACCUGAGGGCGCUGCUUCCCACAGUCCGUCAUUGACCAAAACACCGGAAAGGAUGUCAUAGCCGGGAUGUCCCGAAACCCACGACG